UCGUAAUUUCCACUUCAUUUUCCAUUGGAACAAAAAAAAGAGAAGGCUUCUCCGCCCAAAAACGCGACCUUUUCAGAUGCCAACUCUGUGCCUCGCCAAAGAGACGCAACGCAACACCAAGAAUCGAAUCAAAAGUGAUUUGAUUGAUUUUUCUUCCAUAACCUCGCCAAACACAUACACACCUUUUCUUCCCCCCUCCUGAUCCAACGCUCCAGAAAAACCACACCAUCUGAGCCGUCGGUUUGCAGCACCAUUCGCCCUCCUCUUGUCACUUUGUGUGUGAAGUAUGGUGGUCAUGAGAUUCAUGACUCCGCCAAAUCAUUAAACAAGAGAAAGCUAAUGCGUUUAUCACACACACACCACAUUUAACUACAGAUGAAUUUCUUUGUGACUUUUCUGGGGUCGAAUUUGAAACAGGAGGAGGAGAUGUUGGUGCCUUCAUGGCUCGAGUCAUUGUUAUCCACAGCCUUCUUCUCCAUCUGCCCAGCACACAGAGAUGCCCCGAGAAGCGAAUGCAACAUGUACUGCCUGGAUUGCCACAACGGGGCGUUUUGCUUUUACUGCAGAUCAUCAAGGCACAAAGAUCACCAAGUAAUUCAGAUCAGACGGUCGUCGUAUCACGAUGUUGUUAGGGUGAAUGAAAUUCAGAAGGUUUUGGAUAUCACUGGAGUUCAGACGUAUGUGAUAAACAGUGCGAGAGUGCUGUUCUUGAAUGAGAGGCCUCAGCCCAAAACUGCUGUCAAAGGGAGCUCACAUAUCUGUGAAAUCUGUGGGAGGAGUCUCUUGGACCCUUUUCGGUUUUGUUCAUUGGGAUGCAAGCUUGUAGGACUAAAGAAGAAUGGGGAUGCGAGCUUUAUCUUCAAGACUGGUGAAGAGAAUGAGGAGGGAAGAAGGGAAGGGAUAGCAAUAAGGUUGCCAUCAAAAGAAGGAGAUCAUCAAGAGCAAUUUCCUAGUGAAGCAACAAUGCAACAUCCACAAGAAGAACAAGACAUGUACCAAAGCACUCCUCCUCCACCCCAAUAUUCAAGAUCAAGAAGAAGAAAGGGCAUUCCUCAUAGGGCACCUUUAGGGCCCUAAAGUACAAGUACUAGUAGUCUAGUACUAAACAACUAAUCAUGAUGAUCCCUAUAUCUAUCUAUCUCCCUAGAAUUUGGUCUCAGCCAGCUCAUUUCUCUCAACACCCAUGUGGAUUUUAUGUGUUCUAAACAUGGGGAAGAAGCUGUCUUUAUGGGGGUUCUAAAGGGGAUUUUUAAGUUGGGAAUUUUUAAUUGGUUUGGGGCGCAAUAAUGCUGCAUUAAUAUUUGAAACAUGCAAGGUGUAAAUGGCAUCCAGAUACACAUGAACGAUUUUAUAUAUUUUCUAUUAAAGAAACCACAGCUCAGUUUAUUUGUUUUA